AUGAGUUCUCCCCUCGCAACGACCAAUUCAAGAGAGGAAAAAGUGACGAUUUGCUCCGAUUGGUGGAAUGAGUCACAUAAACACAUCAUCAAUGCCGAGUUCUCGAUCAACAAUCUUCCAGUUUAUGUAGAAAAAUCGAAUUUGAAUUUGAGGAAAAACUUCUCGAGUUUUAUUGAUGUUGUAAAUGCCAAGCAAAUCCCAUUUAUAAUUUCUUCAGCGGGGAUUGAAGAGGUAAUCCAAAUCUCUAUUGCCGACUACAAGAUUCCGAAAUUGCAAAUUUUGGCUAACAAGAUGGUCACGGAUGAAAAGGGAAAGAUAACGGAUUUUCGAGAGCCGAUCGUUCAUUCAUACAAUAAAAAUGGAUUCUUGAUGAAACAAAUGCUCCAAGAUUCGAACGUUUUACUUGGGGAUUUCGUGGUGGUUCUGGUUGGAGACGCGUUGUCGGAUUUGUUGAUGUUAGAGGGAAUAGAGCCACGGCUCGCCUAUACGAUUGGUUUUUGUAACUUUGAGAAAAAUCUCCAAACUUUUGAGGCGAAUUUUGACACGGUUUUGGAGAGGAAUGCGAGCAUGGAUGCGGUCACGGAAACUCUCAUUCAAAUACUUGGAAGUCCGACUGCCACCGAACAACUCUCGCUUUCACCGAUUAGAACUAUGCCGCCAGCUGCAGAAAAGGAAAUUGUAACGAAAAUUCUUCAAGCUGAAUCAAUUCUCUCGCUACCUUAUGUUAAAUGCAGGGAUCGAUCUGUUGUGGAAAAGAAAAUUGAAAAGAUUAUCGCCGAUGGGAUCGAUCAACUUGUCGUGAUUUCGGAUUUCGACUACACACUCUCGAGGGCAAUCGACGAUAAUGGAGAGCGUUGUCACACUACGUAUGGAGUUUUUGAUGUUUUCGUUGACGAAAUUCGCCCAGGUCUUAGCCAAACGCUCAAAGACCUCAAGAAUCUCUAUUACCCAAUCGAGUUCGAUCCUCACAUGACAAUCGAAGAGAAGUGCCCGCAUAUGGAAGAAUGGUGGCGAUGUUCUCAUUCACACAUUGUGUCGGCGGGUUUCACGAAGACAAACAUUGAACGAUUUGUGGAAAGAUCGAAUGUUCUAUUGAGAAAAGGAGCCGAACAAUGGCUGCGAGAGUUGGCCAAUGCUGAUGUGCCGCUUAUCGUUUUCUCGGCCGGAGUUGGCGACAUCAUUGAGACGAAAUUGCGACAACAGUGUGGAAAGAUUCCAGACAACUUGCACAUUCUCGCGAAUUUGAUGAAAUACGAUGAGAAUGAAGUUGUCUACGACUUCUCUGAGCCACUCAUUCACACUUUCUGCAAGAAUUCUUCUGUUAUCGACAAGGCGGCUUCUUUCUACCCGUCAGUCUCGAGUCGGCCGAAUGUUUUGCUUAUGGGUGAUAGCUUGGGAGAUGUGCAUAUGGAUGUUGGAGUUAAUCAUCAGGGGCAUACGUUACGAAUCGGAUUUCUCAACUUUUACUCGGACGAUUUACUGGAGAAAUUCCUGCAUGGCUACGAUUUAGUGAUUAUCAACGAUCAGACGAUCAAUAUCCCGGAGACGAUUACGAGGAUGGCCACCGCUGCAUCAUUGAAACCGUACGACGCU